AAAGGCGCGCGCUCACCGAAGUUAACGCCAUUGAAAGGAAAGAAGAAAAAAAAAAAACUCGUUUUUAAACGCGUCGUGUGUACUGAGCGUUUAACGGAGAUCCACAGGUGCCACGCGCCCCGCUGCUGAGAGACAGGCGCUCUGCCGGUAAAGAUGGCACGCGCAUAGUGACAAGGUGCAGCGCAUCGGGCAGGUUCAUCGAGUGUUUUCAAAGACGUUGUGUGUUUUCUGAAAACUGCAGCCCGGUUAGCUGAAGACUUCUACCAGGCCCUUCAACAAGAACUAUAAAGUGUUUGAUGAUGAAGAGGAGAACAACUUGAGAACCGAAACCGGUGUGUGGGGUUUUUUUUUUUUGGUGGAGAUCACGGAGUUGAAAGCAUGGCUAAAACCUUCUAUAGACUGCAGCGCUUUUUAAGACAGGCCCAAUUGCUGUUUCUUUUCCUGGGUGUGGCUUACAUCAUGGCAGGAAGUGUGCUGCUGCUCCAGCGUUCCAACGUGGCCUUGUUUCAAAAAGGAACCUAUCCGCCCUUAUCGUUAGCCUCCGUACCAUUGCCCCCUAGAUCCCUGGAGGCACCUAGCGUUAGCUGGCACCACAGGAGACCUGGAUCCGCAAUAGAUCAGGACGUGGAGAAUAAUCCGGAUCGGUCAGGAAGUAGAGCGGCUCGAGAGCGCUUCGUAUCUCGGAACGUGAAGAUCAGGCAUCUGAGGCGACACUGGAUUAAGGGCCGGAGAACAGACUCGGCAGAACACAAUCGGUCAAACAGGAACACCAGACGUAAAGGAACCUACAUCGGGUGCUUCGUAAAUGACGACAAACACCACGCGCUUGGAGGAACAGUGCUGUACGACUUCCGAAAAAUGACCAGCUCCUUAUGUCAAGACACCUGCUCUGAAAGUGGCUACCGCUUUGCUGGGCUGGAAUAUGGUACGGAGUGUCACUGUGGGAACCGGAUCAGCGCCCCUCAGGCCCGUAACGAGGACUGCAACCUGAACUGCAGGGCUGAAAGGGACUCGCUGUGUGGAGGCGUGGCCAGACUGUCAGUCUACAAAGUGGAGGAGGGGCUUCCCGGCCACAGGAGAUACAGAAAUGUCCACUAUCAUGGCUGCUUUCACACCCCAAAGAACAUCAGUGCUACUAUCCUUCUCCAUGCUGGCCAGCAGAACAUGACCUCACAGCUGUGUGUGGAGACAUGCACUGAUCAGGAGCUGCCUCUGGCUGUAUUGAGGGGGCGGGACUGUCUCUGUGGCCACACCUCUACUUUUCUCCUAAUGCAGCAGAAUGUAGACGUGCAGCUGUGUGGGCGGAGCAAAGCUACAAACUACACCUACGAUGCAGACUACUUACAGGUGUACAGCACACCUGUGCUAGAGUCCCGGUGUAGGGAGAGGAUGUUUCUGCCCGAGAGCUCGUCCUCCAUCACGGCGUUGUCCAGUUUUCCAGGAGCAGGUAACACUUGGCUGCGGCACCUCAUUGAACUCGCUACGGGUUACUACACGGGCAGCUACUACUUUGAUGGCUCUUUGUACAACAAAGGCUUUAAGGGAGAGAAGGAUUACUGGCGAAGUGGGAGAACUAUCUGUGUAAAGACGCAUGAGAGCGGGCAGAAGGAGAUCAAGAAGUUCGAGUCAGCCAUCCUGUUAAUUCGGAACCCGUACCACUGCCUUGUCGCGGAGUUCAAUCGCAAGAAUGCUGGGCACCUGGGCUACGCAACAGACGCACACUGGAAGAGUAACGAAUGGCCCGAGUUUGUGGAGACUUAUUCCUCAUGGUGGGCGUCACAUGCUCUGGCCUGGCUCCAGUUCUCCAGACGUGUGCUGGUGGUGCACUACGAGCAGCUCCUCACAGAUCUCGUCCACCAGCUCCGGCUCAUGACGGCCUUCCUGAACGUCACGGUUCCUGAAAAACGGCUCUUGUGUGCCGAGAGAAACCGAGAUGGUCACUUCAAACGCACAGGAUCUCGACGUCUCACCUUCGACCCCUUCACGGAAGGCAUGAGGACUCGUAUAGACGGCUACGUGCGGGAGGUGGACCGUGCUCUCAGGGACAGAAAUCUGAGUGGCCUGCCGCAGGAAUACAUGCCCAGGUGAUGAACGCUAAUAAGCUAGUGCGUGAGCUUGGUGGAUUUCUUUCUGCAGGACGGGACGGAGGAAAACACUGAUAAAAGUGCCUGGGAACUCGCAGUUAACCAACACAACAAUCUUGUGGCCUUCUGGUGGUUUAUGCUCUUGUUCUUUAUCAUCAUGUUACUUGAAUAAACGGCAACCCAAUUUGUGGUUUGUACACAUUAAACCCCACUGUUGAACUUCUAACCAUGAUAUCUUCGAUUCAAUUCUAUUUCUCCUGGGAAAUAUUAUGGGAUCACCACACUUUGAGGAUGUUCACCUGGCUUUUUUGCUUCGUAGCAAAUAAACAAAAGCACAGAUAUGACAACGUACACUUGCCCAAUUUCCCCGCUUCCAAAAACAUCAACUUUGAGAACCGAUUGUUCACCUGCUGCCUAAUAUAUCCCACCCCUCGACGGGUACCAUCGUAGCGAGAUGGUCACGUCACCCGUCAGUGGCUUUAUUAUGACGGAUCAGUGUAACAUUUUACAGUAAACGCUCGCUUUAAUUUAUUUUUAAAACUCUCCUGAGGGUUCAGCUCUAUAGCAUAAAUAUA